CAGCAUGUUGGUGGUGGGCACCAUGUUGGGCACCCUCGCGGUGCUGCCCGCGCCGCGCAGCCCGUUGCUGGGCAAGCCGCGAGCCGUCGUCACCGGGGGCGACACCGGCCACUUAGUCUACGGCAAGUUGCAGCGCGCGGCGACGCUGCCGGGCACGCGACUCUCAAAGGAUCCCAUCGCCGCCGUCGCGGACCAGGGCCGCCUGCGCGGCGUGCUGUGGCAGCAAUUCGCCAUGGCAAGCGUGCCCGGUGCCGACCAGCUCGACCUCGAGUACAUAAACACUCGCCGGAUCGACGGAUGCCUGCUCUUCAUCGACGCGACGAAACCACGCUCCGCAGCACCCGGCCUGCAGCUGCCGUUCCCCAACCCCUUCUCCUCCCUGCCCAGUCCGUUCGGCGGAGCGGCGGGUGCCGCCCCUCCGCUCGACCUCGCAGCCUUGCUCGAGGUCGCAGAGUCUCGCGGCGCCGUGCAUUGCUACGUGCUCGCCGACUCCGACGCGGCGGCGGAGAGCGGCGCGCUUCUCGAGGGCGCAGGGCGGAGCGGCGCGCUGCGCCUCACGCUGCUGGCGCCCGAGGACGGGAUCGCGCUGCGCAGCACGGCCGGUUGGACGUGCGGCCAGCUCCAGGACCACGAAGGCGUGCUAGAGGGGCCGCUCGCUGUCCGGGACGCGUCGCCCGCCUUUGCGGACGGCGGCGGCGGCGGCGGGGAUGGCGGCGG